UCCGGCGGCGGCGCGGCGGGGCCGGCGGGGCCGUGUGGGGCCGCGGGCGGCUGGAAGAGCGGCCCGUAGAUGUAGAGCCCGCUGGCCACGCCGAGCGCCACGGCCACGGCCACCUGCUGCAGCGGCAGCCGCCCCCUCAUGGCGGCAGGCGGCGCCCUCAGACACGCGUGGGGCGGCCCCGGCUCGGCUGCGGCCCCGGCCCGGCUGCGGCCCGCGGCCCCGGCGCGCUCACCUGAACGCGGGACACGGCAGAGGCGGGCGCGCCGCUCGCUGCAGGCACCGGACGGAAGUGCCGGCGCUGUCCCGCCCCCGCGGCCGCGCAUGCCCCGGCGCGGGGAGGCGGCCGCGGUGCAGCCGCGGAUGCCGGAGGCGGUGCGGCUCCGCAAGCGGCGCUCGGUGCUGUACGGCUCGGCCGGCGGGGCGGCCGCGCAGCGAGGCGCCGGUGCGGCCGCGCCCGCGCCGCUGCUGGCGCUCGCCCUGGCGCUGCGGACGCUCAAUUGCUUCCUCGUCCAGACCAGCUUCGUCCCGGACGAGUACUGGCAGUCGCUGGAGGUGGCGCAUCGCAUGGUCUUCAAUUAUGGUUACCUGACUUGGGAAUGGACAAAUAGUUUAAGGGGCUACUCGUACCCACUGAUCUUUGCAAGCAUGUACAAAGCAUUACAGCUGCUGGCUAAGGAUAAUGUUCAGCUGCUGAUCUGGGUCCCUAGGCUUGCACAGGCAGUGCUAGCUGCUUUUGCUGAUGUGAAGCUUUAUUCAUUAGUGCAACACCUUGAGAAUUCAGAAACAGCAAAGUUCGUGUUCUUCUGCCAACUGUGUUCCUGGUUUACGUGGUAUUCUUGUACCAGAACUCUAACAAACACCAUGGAGACUAUUCUUACCAUUUUUGCUCUUUCCUACUAUCCAGUAAAAGGCUCCAAGAUGGGGAACAGUUGUAAAUAUUUAGCUUUGGUGGCACUUGCAAUUGUUAUUCGUCCCACUGCUGUCAUCCCGUGGAUGCCUUUGAUCUUCAGUCAUUUUUUGCAAGAACAGAGGAAAGCAGACCUUAUCCUACACAACUUUAUUCCAGUUGGAUUGGUCACAGUAGGAACCUCUUUAAUAAUUGACCGUGUGUUUUUUGGUGAGUGGGUACUGGUUCAGCUGAACUUCUUGAAAUUCAACGUGCUGCAGAAUUUGGGAACAUUUUAUGGCUCUCAUCCUUGGCACUGGUACUUCACUCAGGGACUCCCAGUGGUCCUGGGUCCCCACCUGCCUUUCUUUGUUCACGGCUGUGCUCUGGCACCGAGAAGGUGCCGCAUCUUUCUGCUGGCAGUGAUCUGGACAGUGCUGGUGUACAGCACACUGAGCCAUAAGGAAUUCAGGUUCAUCUAUCCAGUACUGCCAUUCUGCAUGAUUUUUUGUGGAUAUUCUUUGAAACACUUGAAAGCGUGGAAGAAAACCGCAGUGAGUUUCCUGCUCUUAUCGAAUUUAGUGGCAGCCCUGUACACGGGCCUGGUUCACCAGCGGGGCGCUCUGGAUGUCAUGAGUCACAUCCAGCAGCUCUGCACUGACUCGCAGCAGUCACAGGCUUCUGUCUUCAUGCUCAUGCCGUGCCACUCUACUUCAUUCUACAGUCAUGUUCACUGUCCUAUAAAAAUGAGAUUCCUUCAGUGUCCCCCCAACCUGACUGGCAGUGAGAGCUACGUUGAUGAAGCAGAAGUGUUUUACUCUAACCCGCUCGGCUGGCUGAAUCAGGAGUUUCACAAUGACACACUAUUACCCAGUCACUUGAUCCUCUUCAAUGUGCUAGAACAGGAAAUAUCAUCAUUUCUAACUUUAAGGGGCUAUGAGAAAACAGCCACGGUCUUUCAUACUCAUGUACCUCAAGGACGAGUUGGAAGCCACAUCUCCAUCUACAGGAGAAAGACUGAAAUGAAUUAUCCCUGAAGAUCAGUGUCUGGCCCUCGGAGCUAAUGAGAUCAGUUUUGCACAGCAGUAGCUAUGCUUAGACCUCAAACUACAGAAAGGAGAGAGUGGUGAGUCUGAAACUGGGGAAGUCAAAUGGGAAGUGCCUGCAAACACAAACCUCCUCCUGAGGGCAGCUUCAGUAGCAGUAGGGCAAGGUGGGGUUGCUGACCUACCUUACAACACUAGAAAACAUUGGGAAGAGCAAAGUUACCACAUGAAUACUUAAGCAAUAAAAUACAGGCAAGACUGGACCGUUUUAUAGAACUGUACAGCUAUGCUAAGUUUCUUUUAUAAAUAAAGACUUUUACCCACAAUGUCUCUUUUAUUUUUCUUCUACAAUAUGCAGAUAUGCAAGACAUUUCAAGUGUUUAAAUCAGCACGCUGAUUAGAAUGCAGCACAGCAAAUUCUUCACAAUUCAACAGGUUCUUGAACCCCCCCCCAAAGACAGGAAGCAAAUAUAAGGUUACAAAACACUAACAAAUACAUUACCACAAUGUUGACCUAUUUUUGAAGGAUGAGAUGAAGUUAGUAUAUCAAACACUGGAGUUAGUAGUUGGUACAUUAUGCAUGGCUCAAGCUUUAACUACACUAAUGGAAUGCAAUUAAGCUUUUUUUCAUACACAGGUCAUGGCAUGCCUAGCUUCUGCAACAAUACUGCUGGCACCCAGACUAUCUUCACUUCCAAAGAACAGUUAAAGCAACGGUACAGAAUAUGCAGAUUAGAAAGCCUGACUUCUGCCUGUUAACAAAAAUGUGUAAAAAUCAAAUCAUUCCGAAAAAAACCCC